GGUUGAGGAUAUAAACACGCUAUGCCGUCGCCUUUGUGGCCUGCUUUUGCCCUUCUCCUCACCCAUCGGGCCUCGAUCUAAUCUUUCUUUCCUUUCACCCCUUGAUUCUUUCUUUCCUUUCACUCCUUGAUCCGCCACACUCUCUCUUCGUAUUUCAGACAACAAAAAUGCUCGGCUCAGUCUUUUCCUCCUUCCUGGUCGCGGCGCUCGCCCUCGCGCCCGGCGUUGUGGCACAGAACUCGCCCGGCUGCGGCAAGGCCAGCAAGCUCAAGAACGGCGUCAACAAGAUCAACGUGGGCGGCACGGAGCGGCAGUUCAUCCUGGCCGUGCCCGACAAAAACGACAACGCCAAGCCCAAGAAGCUCAUGUUCGCCUUCCACUGGCGCGGCGCCACCAUGGACAACGUCGUCAACGACCCCACCAACCUCAACAAGUUCUACGGCCUCCAGGCCAAGGCCGCGGGCUCCGCCAUCUUCGUGGCGCCGGACGGCCUCGACAAGGGCUGGGCCAACGACGGCGGGCGCGACAUACGCUUCGUCGAGGCCAUGAUCAAGGCCAUCGAGGACGACCUGUGCGUCGACCAGGCCCAGCGCUUCGCCAUGGGCUUCAGCUACGGCGGCGGCAUGUCCUUCUCCGUCGCGUGCUCGCUGCCCACCAUGUUCCGCGCCGUCGCCGCCCAGGGCGCCGGCGAGGUCAGCGGCUGCGACGGGCCCAAGGGCGCCAUCUCGUACCUGGGCAUCCAAGGCAUCAACGACGCCGUCCUGCCGCUGCCGGGCGCCAUCGAGAUCGCGAACAAGAUUGCAAAGGCAAACGGCUGCCAGGCCAACAAGAACCCCGAGACCCCCGCCAAGGGCAGCAAGUCGUUCAAGGUCACCAACUUUACGGGCUGCAAGAAGCCCGUCCGCUUCAUCACCUUUGACGGCGGCCACGACACGGCGCCUCUCGGAGUCGCCAACGGCCUUCAGGCCGACUCUAUGUGGGAUUUUUUCACCAAGGCCGCCUAAGCGUUGAGGUCCUUUGGGAGUUCAAACUUGUUAGCUAUGGUUUGGUGACAAAUUGUACAUAUGGGACGACGUCAUGACGAUAUCUUUGUUCAGUAUCUUUUUAUGCGGUGCUUAGCGAGGUGGUUUAUCUGCCAUUGGCUUCAGCGAGUUAUGGGAAUAUAUACAUUCGAUUCGCGAUCGACUUGUCUGCGUCGCACCUCCUUGUUCUCUUGUGAUCCAGCCCUCC